UUCAUUUUGGCACAGUGGUCUGUCUGGUCAACCGUAGGGAGGUUUGGGAAUAGGAUUGAAAUUUGCGUAGCAGCUCGACUUCUCUUUUCGAGCCAUAUUAUUAACUAAGAGGUAACUAGCUCAAUUACAUAGGUACAGAUUACUUAUCGUGUUUCCUUAUUGUAUUGUAUAAUCCGACAUUCAGGCCACUGACCACGCGCCACACAGUCACACUAUCGAACAGACUAGUAUCAUCAACUGAUAUUCCCCGAUUGCGUGGUCCUCGUCUAAAAAUGGAACAAGAUGAAGGCAGCAGCGCUGACGUCGGGACAAGCUAAGACGAUCGCCGCCAGGGCCCCUAAGAGGAACGACGACCGCGUCAUUUUACACUUCGAUUACGACUGCUUCUACGCCAGCGUUCUCGAGAAUGCAAACCCGGGCCUCAAGGGUCAGCCGCUAGGCGUCAAGCAGAAGAGCAUCCUAGCGACGUGCAACUACGCCGCACGUUCUCAUGGCGUCAAGAAGCUAAUGUCUAUCUCUGAGGCCCACAAGAUCUGUCCGGGCCUCGUUGUCCUUAGCGGUGAGGACCUGACGCCGUUUCGUGACGCCUCUAAGAGGCUUUGGUCCUUCCUGAGGAGCCACUCUUGGAGUGAUCGUGCCGAGCGUCUGGGACUCGAUGAGGUUUUCCUCGAUGUUACUGAUGUUAUUGCGUAUAAUCAGGAGCUGCUGAACCGUAAUGCCUUGCAAGACUCGUUCUUUCAGCUUUCUCGACACGACCCUGAAAAGGGGUUCAGUUUUGAUGCUACGCAAUUCUUCGGUUGCGUGCAGCCGUCGGUAGAUCCGAAAGAUUUGGUGUUGCUUCUGGAUAAUCCAUUAUGCGUUCGCUUAUUGCUCGCAUCUCACCUAGCCGGUUACUUGCGCCUCAAACUGGAGGAAGACUUCGGGUAUACCUCCAGUGGGGGCAUCUCAACCAACAAGACCCUCGCCAAACUCGCCGGUAGCGUGAAUAAGCCCCAGAACCAAACCACGCUCCUCAAUCUCCGUGACAAUGACGUCCAGGACUUCAUGGAUGGCCACAAGCUGCGGCAGAUCCCAGGCAUCGGCUCUCGCAUUGCACAGCUGAUCCAAGACCACGUCCUAUCCACAAAGACAACCCCAGACUCGCAUGAUCUAGAAAUAGGAGCCAAGGUAACAGUCCGCGAAGUUCGACAGUUCCCAUCCAUGUCUGCGGACCUCCUAGAGCGGAUCCUUGACCGUCCCGGCGCAGAGCGCGGUAGCGGCGAGAAAGUAUGGAACUUCCUCCACGGCGUGGAUAGUUCCGAGGUCAAGGAAGCAAGCGAUGUGCCCACGCAGAUCAGCAUCGAGGACACAUACAUGGCGCGCCCACUAAACACUCCCUCCGAGCUCAUGAGGGAGCUACAAGCUCUCGCGACAUCUCUCGUCCGACGAAUGCGCAUCGAUCUCGUCGUAGCAGAUGAUCCUGAGCCCUCAGAUCCCGCAUCGCAGCAAGACGGCCCGCAGCUACGCUGGGUCGCAUACCCCAAGACUCUACGCCUAUCCACACGCGCGCGCCCAAAGCCCAACGGCACUUCCACCCCCACGCCCGAGAUCUUCAGCCGCAACUCCCGCAGCCAGCCGCUCCCCAGCUUCGCGCUAAACCUCAAAGACACAAGCGUCGAUGCCGUAGCGGAGCGCUUAGCCUUCGAAGCCCUACUCCCAUUAUUCCGGCGUUUACACCCGGAGCGACAAGGGUGGAAUCUGGCUCUGAUCAACGUGUGUGUGGCGAAUAUGGUGAUGGUAGCGGGACCCGGCGAAACGGGGAAUGGUGCGGGAGCUGGAGCGGCGCGAGAUAUUGGGCGCAUGUUCCGCACCCAGGAAGAUAAGUUGCGCGAAUGGACUGUUUACGAUACCACAACUGUACAACCAGUCCUUGAUACUACGUCUUCCUCUACGAAUGUCGCGGAUACCGUCGAGAGCAUCCCUCAAGGUGAAGGGGAAGAGAAAGGGAAAGAUACCCUUGAAGCUAUGGAGGGAUUAGAAGAAGCAUCCGAACCGAUAGCAGUCUUAUUAGACUCAGACGUAGAUGCUUGGGAGGACGAAGACGAGGAUGAAUCCCAGAGGUGUCAUCUCUGCGGACACAUUAUCCCAAUCUUCGCAAUAUCGGCGCACGAGAGGUUCCAUAGCAUUGGGGACUGACAUAAACUUGCCAAUUAUUAGCGUUUGAUCUUUAUUUCAUCUACUACUAUAAGGUACCUGUUGGGUAGUUAGGUAGGUAGUUAUCGAUACCCCUUUUUGAAUUGAACAAGAUACCCCAACACACCAAACCGCUCCUACUCCUAUAUUCUUCAUCCCCUCUCCUCUCUAAGGUAGUAUAACAAACGUAUAUAUAUCCAUCCACAACAUAUCGAACGUAGAAAAUUAGUAUUUAAACUUGUCUGGCAGUAGUGGUAAGAGGUAUGCAUGCAAAUCGGCCGUAAACCUCAUAACUUCAUAUUAUCUUUCCUACGCCCUUUCUCACGAGAG